AGUUGCUGAGACUGAAAAACAGUGAUCUAGGAUGAGUUCCCAGGAUGUAGAAAGGAGACUGGAAUACUAUCACUGCAUUUCAUCUGCCAGCAAAAUAUUACUUUAAAAUCCACAGCAGUGUGAGAAUUAGGAAAUGUUGGAGGAAACCUUCACCCCACGUUAUCUUCCUGAAUAGAUUUUCUUCUGGGGGAAAAAAUGAUUAAAUAAAUAAUUGGAAGUGGAAAUGGAAAAAGGGGAUGUUGCCUGAAUGUAAUGAAUAAAAGAGGGUGAUGGCGCAGUUACGGCCUUUUCUGGAAGUACCAAAGAACUUAGCUAACAAAUGCAAGCACAUUGCCAUCUUAUUCUUAUCGUGCCUGCAUUUUGACCAACCUUUGUUGCUGUAGCACCCAAAUACAAAAUGGCUCCUGGAACCCCAAGAGCUGAGUGGUUUGAGCGGGACUGACACCACAGCCCUCAAAACUUGGUUAAAGUAUAGGUGAAUCUGCAGCCCAUCCCCGUUGGCUAACCGAGCGUGUUCGCGGACCGUGUUCUGCCGAUGCAGCCAAUGGCUGGCUUCCCUCGUAAGGCUCCCCCAGAACGCAGCCGCUUCACAUCUCGCCUCGGUUAAUGCGCGAACCCAGGCACCACGCUGGGCGAACCAAGGUUUAUAUUCUAGCGUACCGUCGCCACCAAAUGGGGCUCAUGGAGCAAACCACGACACGCACAGACACGCAGUGGGCAAACCCAGCGACAGCAGCCGCAGAGAGCUUGCCCCAAGCCUUCCCACGGGAUUUCACCCGCCACCUUCCCGGGCUCCGAACCAGCGCCACGGCCCACCUUUCUCCCUCGGGGCCCCGAGCCUGGGCGGGAGGCUUCCGGCCGGCUUUCGCCAGCCCCCUCCGGGCUUGUUCCGCGUGCAAGGCAGAGGCGAUGCCGCUAGAGGGCUCUGGCCAUUGUCAAAAAAGAGAGCAAGCCAGCGAAGCGGCUGUUCUCCUUUUCUUUGGCUGCCGCCGCCGCCGCCGCUUCUGCUCCUGCUCCUGCUCCCGUUGCCGCUGACGAUUUUGGGGGCUGAACUUCCCAGGUCAGAACCAGAGAGAGCGAGUGCCGUUGUUGCCGUUUCUUCUUCUGCCUUCGUAGCAGCCGCCCGGAGUCGACCCAGCCCGAGCGCCAGCCGAGCCGCUGGGCUACCGCCAAAUCGGGGAGCGCGGAGUCCCGGCUUUAUUUAUUCUUCCUUUGAUAGGCGAGAUCCUCAGGUCUGCAGCUCGAGGACCGAGAUCUGAAGCCAGAGGCUUCCAGAGGCCAGAGCCUUCUGCAGAAGUGACUGAUGUAUUUUGCUGAGAUACAAUGGGCCCUUCUGGACCCAUGCCAGAGACCUGUCUACAGGGACAUUGUGCAGGACAAUUUUGGGACUCUACUCUCGCUAGAUGGAGGAACCAUGAAUCCAAAUUCCCAGCCUGGUGGUUCUGAGGGUGUGCAGAAGCAAGUCCAAGGGCGAUCUGAAGGCCCCACUUACGCGGGGCAGCCUCCAGCUGGACAGCAGAGUGAAGAGGCAGGAAAAGGAUGGGUCAAGCCACCUCUUCUUCCUCCAGUGACAAAAGACAACCCCACCAUCCCACCCCGUGGAAUUUACAUGGGGCCCGGCCCCAGCCUGUGUGUCCAGUGUGGAGAGAGCCUUGCCCAGACUCAGCACACCCUUGCCCAGCCUAAGCGGCCUUUGCUGUCUGCUGAUAAGCUCUACCCCUGCUCUGACUGUGGGAAAAGCUUUGGCGUCAGUUCCCACCUCACAAUUCACCGGAGGACCCACACUGGCGAGAAGCCCUACGAGUGCAGCGACUGUGGGAAAAGGUUCAGUCAGAGUUCCACCCUUGUCCUCCACCGCCGCAUCCAUACGGGAGAGAAGCCAUACAAAUGCACGGAUUGUGGGAAGAGCUUUUCCGUCAGCUCCCACCUGACCAAACACCAGCGAACCCACACGGGAGAGAAACCAUAUGAAUGCCAGGUGUGUGGGAAAAGGUUCAGCCAGAGCUCUACCCUCAUUCUUCACCAGAGGAUCCACACAGGGGAGAGGCCUUAUAAGUGCGAUGAAUGCGGCAAGACCUUCAGCGUCAACUCGCACCUUACCAUCCACCAGAGGAUUCACACAGGAGAGAAACCAUUCCGCUGCAUGGAAUGUGGGAAGAGUUUCCGACAAAGGUCUGGCCUUAGCACACAUCAGAAAACUCACAUGAUGCUUAAACCAUACAAGUGCAUGGAGUGUGGGAAGGGCUUUGGCCAGAGCUCACACUUGAUGCGCCACCUGGGGACACACUCAGGAGAGAAGCCUUACCGGUGUACAGACUGCCCCAAGGCCUUCACACAGUUGUCGAACCUGCGGCAGCACCAGCGCAUGCACACCGGGGAGCGCCCAUAUGCCUGUGACUUCUGCGGCAAAUGCUUCUCCUGGAGUUCCAACCUGGCUCAGCACCGGCGCCUCCAUACUGGCCAGAAGCCUUACGCUUGCACACAGUGCGGCAAACGUUUUUGCGAGAGUGCUCGGCUUCUGGAGCACCAACGCACCCAUACGGGCGAACGGCCCUAUGCUUGCUCCCAGUGUCGGAAACGUUUCAGCCGCAGCUCUCACCUGGCCCGCCACCAGCGCCUCCAUAAUGAUCAGAAGCCUUAUGCGUGCAUCCAGUGUGGCAAGCGUUUCUGUGACAGUGCUCGGCUCCUGGAGCACCAGCGCACCCAUACGGGCGAGCGGCCCUAUGCCUGCCCACAGUGUCGGAAACGCUUCAGCCGCAGCUCUCACCUGGCCCGCCACCAGCGCCUCCACACUGCCAUGAUGGCAACAGAGGAGGAAUGAAAGGCACUUCUUUCCACUUGAACUUCCUGCAAGUAGGCUUUACACAACUGGUAGAACAGCCUGGCAACAUUUGUAGGCAUUUGCCUUUUAUUCCUUCAUCACUGGAACUGCAGAACAUGCUGGCAAUUUCUGGUUAACCAUAAGCUUUACAAAGCACUCUGCUCGUUGGGGUAACAAGCCAUCCUCAGUAAGAAUAAAUCCAGUCCAUUUUCCCUUUCCAAUGCUUGUUUCCAUGUGCAAACCACUGCCUGCGAGUAAUAGCCCAAGGAAGAAGUAAAACUUCCUAAAGAUGUCUGAGCAGCCAGAUUACUUGAGUGCUUGUACAGGCUUCCAGUAGUUUGCAGCUGGCAGGGUUGGGUGCAGGUCCUGGGUUAGCGACACAGUCAACCCAUGUGUGUUAAGACUCGAGCUGAAAAGAGGCGGAUUCUGAUCAUGCAGUCCUUCAGAGAAUCUAAAGCAAAGAGGCACCACGUGUCUGUUGGCAAGCUCAUUCUGUUGUUGCACGAUGUGGCAGGAGGUAUACAAACACACAGAAGGGGCUGAACUAUGGCAGUUACUAAACUCUAAAGCUAGAGUUACUAAAGCUGCAGGAGGGGAAAUGUCUUUGUUGUUGCAAAUCCUACAGUGUAUUCUCUGGGCAGGGUCACUCUUACAGGUGAGCAGGCUAGAGAUUUGGCAGGGAUACUGGUUUACAGAGCUGUGGUUAAGGCCUUAGGGAGGACGUGACCAUCUGUAUGUUUGGAGGCGAACAAGCAUAGGUCUCCUCUGCAAGGCUGAUAUUUCCUGUUGUCACGGGGCAUGACUUGGAAGCUUUUGAAAAUCAGCCAGCCAGAACACUGUUUUAAAGAGAAAGUGAUGGGUGUUUAAAAGGAAAACAACAUGUCAUCCCCCUUACCUCUUGAUCAAAUGUCCUGCAUGCUAGUGUGAAGAGACAUGGGUGAGGGGAAGAACCCUAAAACAAAGCAGCCAAAAAAGUCUCCUGAUUGAUUGAUUGAUUAUGUGCCAUCAAGUCAUUGUUGACUCCUAGCAACUACAUAGAUAGAUCUUCUCCAUGACAAUCUAUCCCUAACCUGUUCUUGAAGGUCUCCUAAUGGUGCCCCAAUCACCACUGUAACUGAGUCCAUCCACCUUGCUGCCGGUCAUCCUCUUCUUCUCUUUCCUUCCACCUUCCU